GAGCAAUCAUUCGGCCUCCGAUCAAUCAAUGUCAGAUUCUUCUUCCAACAUCUCCUAUUUAUGUCUUUAUAAUCACUUCAAUCUCCUGGCAUUUUAGCCAGCAAUAAUCCGUCAUGUCUGCGGAUAUCCCGCAGACUGAAGAGAAUCUCAUUCCCUCCCCCUCGAACUCCAAUAAUGAAAACCCCACCAACCUCUCCUCGCAAGCUUCGAUGGGUGGGCAUAUCCGCGCGAGAACGAAUACGGCGGAAAUCGAUAGUACGAUCAUUCAUCCAGGAAGCGUGAAGAUCAAUGUUACGGGCGCAUUCAUCGUCGAUCAAGGUUCCGUUUCUCCAAAGGAAUUGAAUACCAAUGAGAGGAAUUAUGAUACCCAGGACAUUCGACUGCCGAAUCAUACGGCGGUGGUCAGUCAUAUUGCUGUAGAUAUUGGAGGCUCUUUAGCUAAGCUUGUAUAUUUCUCGAGAGAGGCACAUUCGCGCGAGCCAGGCGGUCGUCUCAAUUUCAUGAAUUUUGAGACGGAUCGCAUAGAUGAAUGUGUGGAGUUUAUGAAACAGCUGCAGGCCAAGCAACAGAAACUCAAUGGAUCGAGACCUGGGGAUUUGUGCGUAAUGGCAACUGGUGGAGGGGCAUACAAGUACUAUGAUAAGAUCAAGGAAGCUUUGGGUGUCGAUGUUAUACGAGAGGAUGAGAUGGAAUGUUUGAUCAUCGGCCUCGAUUUCUUCAUUACCGAGAUCCCCCGGGAAGUAUUCACAUAUAGCGAAAGAGAUCCUAUGCAUUUUACCUCGCCCAGCCCAGACAUAUACCCGUAUCUCCUCGUUAACAUAGGGAGCGGUGUGUCCAUGAUAAAAGUAUCUGGACCACGAGAGUAUCAAAGAGUUGGCGGAACCUCUCUGGGCGGUGGCACGCUCUGGGGAUUACUCUCUCUCUUAACUGGUGCUCGAACAUUCGAUGAUAUGCUCGGAAUGGCGGAAAGAGGUGAUAAUGCCAAAGUGGACAUGUUAGUCGGCGACAUUUACGGUACAGAUUACGGCAAAAUCGGGCUCAAAAGUAGCACUAUCGCAAGUUCUUUCGGGAAAGUCUUCCGCAUGAAACGAGAAGCCGAAAGAUUAGCCGAAGACUCGGGAGGUCAAAAUAACAGCAACGAACCAUCUAGCUCUUCCCAUUCCGCCGAGGAACCCCCAUUUUGCAACGAAGAUAUAUCAAGGUCCCUCUUGUAUGCCAUAUCCAACAACAUAGGACAAAUUGCAUAUCUGCAAUCGGAAAAACACCGUUUAUCGACGAUAUAUUUUGGAGGUAGUUUUAUUAGGGGACAUAGACAAACGAUUAAUACAUUGAGUUAUGCGAUCAAGUUCUGGAGUAAUGGAGAGAAAAAGGCAAUGUUUUUGAGACAUGAAGGAUAUCUCGGGAGUGUGGGUGCAUUUUUGAAAAGGAAGCCAGAGGGUUGGGGAAGGAGGAUGAGUUUUGAAGAAGCUGCGGCUUCUGGGGAAGGGGAAGUAAAGGAUGUUAGGGAUGAGCUGAAAGCCUUGAAGAGGGAAGUCAGUAGAACCGAAUAAGCCGCCGUGCGAGGAUUUUUGGCCAUUCGAAUUUACUAGUUUACUAGGGAUUUGGGAUACAUCUUCUCUUUGUGGAUUGAGUGAGAGAGUAGCGAAAAUGCAAGAGCGCAAAUGGACUUGGAUUUCUAGAUACGGCAGUAAGAAAAUUCAAAGGGGAUGUUUCAACACUAUUCCAGUCUUGAGUAGGUAUACAAAACAUACAUACGUAAACACGCACAUACAUAUAUACAUUGGAACACAGGACGCUGGAAAACUCGUGGACUGAAGUUAAGUAGAGAAAAAUGAAUUUAUUAGAGA